AUGAGGAAAGGACAGCACAAGAAUAGGGUGGAAGAGGCAGCAUCUGAAGGAUUGCGUGAUGAUUCUAGCCAGGGGGGAGCAGUGGAAAGGUUAAGAGCAGCUGCAAACCGUCUUCUUUCACGAGGCACCAAGCGCACACGCCUUGAAACGCAGCCAGGGCCGAGCCGCUUUGAUGAGCAGCCUGACACGGGUGAGUUGAACGAGGACACCACAGGCUACGAGUUCGCCCCAGAGUGUGAUGCUACAGCGGUUGACAUUGAUGCUCGGGCGUACCGUUUCAUUCGCACGGCAGCUGGAGGAUCCGGCCUUUCACGCGUAGAUAUUAUGGAGUUGAUAUCCAUCCUCGUCGAGGUUCUGCGCAACCCAGGCCGGCUAACGCUCAAGUCUCUAGCAGACUUCGACAAGUACGAGGAGGCGAAGUUGGCAGGGGCCAACAUUGAACCGUUUGAGCAGGUGGAACUCACAAAGCCGGGAGAUCUGAAGCCCGUGAUCCUGUGGUGGCGUUCGGCGCUCACGUGUGUCACCAGCUUGUACGAGAACGCGGCGAAUGCGCAUGGUUUCGUUGUGCGCCCUCCCAAGAACUUCAAUCCGGCGAAACGGAUUUACAAGGGUCCUGAGACGGGGAGUUGGUGGCGGGAGGUACUCCGUAAACUGCCAGCUACUGAUCCAGGCAAGGCAGUCGCUGCAGUGAUCAUCUACUCGGACGAAACAACUCUCACGACUGAUGGCGGACUCAAGGGUUGGCCCGUGUACAUCUCGUUAGCCAACAUUGCGCCAGGGAAUCGAUGGAAACCCCAUGGGCAUCGAUUAUGCGCUCUCCUACCCGAUGAUGACGGGAGCUUCUUCACGCACGCGGACAAGGAGCGGCGGCACCUUGAAGUAUUCCAGGAGGCCUUGGAUAUUAUCAUGGCGGAUUUGAAGAUUGCCCAGAACACUGGCGUGGAGCUGACAGAUCCAUACGGCAUUCGUCGUAUGGUCUUUCCGCUCACGUACGCUUACAUUGGCGACUAUCCGGAGCAGUGCAAAGUGGCGGGCACCAAGUCCGGCAUCAAGACCCGUUUUCCAUGCCCCAGGUGCACCGUUCCAAAGGAAGAGCUGAACAACAUGGCGUUCCCGCUGGUGUAUCGAACGGAAGCGUUACAAAAGGAGCGAGUCAUGGAGAUGGAACGCGAGACGAGGGUUACAGCACGCAACGACUUGACAAAGCGUGUGUGGGUGUAUGGGUGUAUGUGUGUGUGGGUGGGUGUGUGGAGUGCUAUAUGGGGGCAACGCUUUGGCGACGAGGAUUUCGGCAACCCGUACCGACAACUCACGUCCGACAUCAUGCACAUGUCUCUCCUCGGCGUAUACAAGCACAUCCUGGAGGGUCUCAAGUCGAAGCUGAAUGACUCCACCCUGCGGGAGCUCGAUGCUUCUCUCGAGCGGAUCACCAAGUACAGCAGGCAGUCUUUCUUUCGGAUUCCUGCACACACAGCUGGCUAUUUCAGCGGCCACAACACCUUCAAGGCCUUCCACCAUCAAGCGGUGAUGCAGGUGCUGCCAGUGCUCCUGGUGAUGGCGAAGGUUGACGCACGGAUUGUGGCAUCUGUGGAGCUCUUCUGCACGUGGCACAGGGAGGCAUGGCAUCGCACGUACCACACCGACGCCUCCUUGGCGAACCUUGACAACAUGGCGAGCACGUGA